AUGGAAAAAAUGGAAGACAUGUUGUAUAUUUGGAUAGAAGAUAAAACCCGCCAAAGAGUUCCACUAAGUUCUGCAGUGAUCCGUGAACAAGCAUUAUACUAUUUCGAUUAUCUCAACAAGGAAAUUUCAAAAACGAAUGAGAAGUUUACAGCUAGUAAAGGUUGGUUCGAAGGUUUUAAAAAACGAUAUUCUCUUCAUAAUGUCAAAUUCAGCGGCGAAAGUGCUUCUGCCGACUAUAAAGCUGCGACAGAGUUUCCGAAAGUUUUCAAGGAAUUAAUUGCUGAAAAAGGGUAUCAUGCAUCACAAGUAUUUAACUGUGAUGAAACUGGCCUUUUCUGGAAAAAGAUGCCUAAUCGCACAUUUUUAACAAAAGAUGAAAACAAAGCGGCAGGUUUUAAGAUUUCGAAAGAUCGUUACACGCUGAUGUUGUGCAGUAAUGCAUCUGGCACUUAUAAGUGCAAACCACUGUUGGUUUAUAAAUCUGAAUUGUGGCCCGAAAUUGUUCAAGACAAACAGCCCGAAUUAAACGCACAGCAAAUUGCACAGCAGGUCGUAGAGGUUGCAAAAGGGAUCGAAGCAGACGGUUUUAAAGACAUGGAAGCAGCUGAAGUUGUGAACUUGAUAAAUGAGAACAUUGAUCUUACACCUAGUGUCCUUGUUGAGAUCUUGGAUCCGGGACAUGUACCGGACGAUGAGGACGAUCUUGGAUCACAAGAAGAACCACCACAUCUUUCGUACAAAACAGUGGCAAAUGCGAUGUCAUUAAUUCAAGAGGCUUUCGAAUUGUUAAUUCUCAAUGACCCGAUAAUGUCACGCAGUAUUAAAUUUAGACACGAUUGCGAAGAAGCUAUGCGCCCAUAUACAGAAUUACAGUCAGACGAGCAAAACAAAGUCGUGUAA